AUGAUUGAACUUAAAUCGUAUCAAUAUAAGCUUAAUGUGGGACAUCAAUGUAUCGAAGAUAAUGUUGAAAACACAUGUGGCAAAACAUUUGAAUUUAACGCAACAAUUCCUGAGGACUAUAUGAUAAAAAUCUCAAUUUACACUAAACAAAAAAUUAACCGUUAUAAUUUGAUUGGAUCUACAGAAGUUGAUAUUGAAAAUCGUUGGUAUACAAAACACCACGCCAAAUUUGGCAUCCCAAAAAAUUAUGACAACACUUGGCGUUAUAAAUAUAAGCCAUCACAGAUAUUAGCAAACAUUUGUAAGGACUUGGGUUUUGAACCACCGUUUUAUUUUGACAAUAAAGUCAAAAUUGCGAACACAAUUUUUUCUAAUAGUUCGUUAGAGAGUAGUAAAAAUUCAAAAGAACAUAUUGCUCUCAAAGCAUUACAUCAAAGUCAGAAAAUUUUUGGUUUUAAGCUAGUACCUGCACAUGUAGAAACUAGAGCUUUGUAUAGAAAAGAUAAAUAUGGAAUUGAGCAAGGAAAAUUAGAAUUAUGGAUAGAGUUACAUGAUAUAAAUGAUUUGCCAAAAUCAAUGGAGCUUAUGCUUAAGUCAAUAUUUAAUUUUGAAUUGAGAAUUAUCGUUUGGAGCACAGCUGAUGUCAUUCUUAACGAGAAAAAUAUUUUUGGAAAGAGAAUGUCUGAUAUUUACGUUAAAUGUUGGCUGAACAAUUCAAAUAUACCACAGUACACCGAUAUUCACUACCGAUCUACAACAGGCAAAGCAAAUUUUAAUUGGCGUAUGAUAUUCCCUUUCAAAUACAAUGUAGAAGAAAAUAUGAUAAUAAAAAAAAAUAAUUGUUUUUAUGAGGAAACGAAACUAUCACCUCGUUUAAUAGUUCAAAUAUGGGAUAGCGACUCUUUUUCUUCUGAUGAUUUUCUUGGUACUUUGUCUAUACCACUAUCUGAUUGCCCAAUACCAAGUAGAAAAGCUGCAAAUUGUUAUCUGAAAAAUAAAUGGAGCAGAGUCAAUUUGUUUACUGUUCGCAAACUUAAGGGGUGGUUUCCAGUUUUUGGGCUUCAAGUUGACCAAGGAAAACAUCAGGCUGUUCAAACGGGAAAAAUUAAACUGGAAUUGGAAAUCGUAUCAGAAUUUGAUAAUGUGCAACGUGUUGGAUUAGGAAGAAAUCCACCGAAUUCUCUUUCAUUUCCGAAGCGAGAAGAUGCUAACUUUAUUUGGUAUAAACAUCCUUUUAAAUCUUUGAAAUCAGGAUUGGCUCAUAAAAUUCGAGAAAUCUUCUUAAUUUUUAUUAAUAUUGUAUUACUUACUUCAGUAGCAUGUUUUGUAACGCAAAUAACUUUACAUUUUUAAUAAAAAUAAAAUAAAUUAAAGAACGCUUUUUAUAUGUAUUUUUGUUUGUAAGCUUU